AUGAAGACAUUUUUCCCGGCAAGAGCCGCUGACGUGCACAAACUGCAGGAACGGUCCAGGACAGCAGGCCCAAGGCGGUCCAGUCCUACCCCCGCCCCCUCUAAACCCGUCAGGAUGUAAGUUGAUGAAAAUUGGAAACGAAUAAAUUUCGAUCUGCGCGAUUUAGAAUUUCAGUUCUGAUUUCCAUGCAUUAGCUCCCUAUUACCACUCAUCCUCUCAACCACUCCCUCUCCCCGCGCUUUCCAGUUCGCAUCCGCAAUAUACCCUACCCGGCAUGCAAUCAGUUCCCGGCGCGUCCCCACACGGCCCCUCCCCCUCCGUUCCCGGAAGCAAUACUGGCCCUCCACAGCAACGUGAGGCUCAAGGUCCUCCACCCGGUCCCACUCAGCCGGCCCAACAAGGUAUGGCCCAAUCUCAGCGACCGGGUCCCCAGAAUGCAGGCCCUCAACAGCCCCCGAAUAUUAUGCAAACUUCUUCGGCUGCCGGCCAAACUCAGAUGCCACUCCUAACCGCACAGGGACCCCACCCGUCCCAGCAGCAGUCCCAGCAGCAGCAACAAGGACCUGCGGGAACACUUCACCACCCCAUGUCCAGUUUGCCUGUCGGACACCCCCAGCAGGCCGACUCUCGCCUUCCCCAGCACCAACAGAGCAACUCUGUAAGUCAGGCCCAGGGCCAAGCUCAACAGGCCGCGGCCUCGAUGCCCCCAUCCGCAGCCGGACCCGGCAGUGGGCCUGGGGGCCCCAUUUUAAAUGUAGGAGGCCCCCUACCAACCGCUCCUCCUCCCCGUUCCCUUCCCUUUGAUAUCUUGCCUUCCCCUGCGGAGCGAGAUUUCGAUAGUCGCAGAGCCUCUUCUUCUUUGGGUUUUCAGGGUGCUCAUGGUCAUUUGAAUGUAAAGGAUGCCUUGUCCUACCUGGAUCAAGUAAAGUUUCAAUUCCAGGACCAACCAGAUGUAUACAACAAGUUUCUGGAUAUUAUGAAGGACUUCAAGAGUCAGGCGUGAGUUUUAAACCCCCUAUCUACGAAAAUGCGCGGGGACUAAACCCGAAUGUCUUGGGUGCUAGAAUCGACACACCUGGGGUUAUAGACAGAGUUUCAACACUAUUCAGCGGCCAUCCGAGCCUAAUCCAGGGGUUCAAUACCUUCCUUCCCCCCGGAUAUAGAAUCGAGUGCUCCCAGGACCCACGGGAUACUAAAAUUACGGUCACAACUCCCUCGGGAAUUCAUCACGCUGCUUCAGGUGGUGAGGUAUCAAUUGGUGGUGAUAGGAGUGGAAUGCAAUUGAACACUGCUUCGUUAAGUGUUGCUGUAAGUGGUGCCAACGGUCCUGGACAAGGUCAGCACUCAAUAUUCUAUGAGCAACAGGUCAGUAGAUGGGACACGCCCUAUGCGCACGGACUAUAUGGUCCCCAGGGCGGGGCGGGUGGAGCGCAGCAAUCCCAACCCCCCCAACAGCAAUCUGAACCCUUGUCUGCCCAUCAGCUGCACCAGCAACAGAUCGUGCAAGCCCAAGUGGCGCAACAACAGCAGGCCCAGCAUCAGGCCAGUGUACAACAGGGUGUGAACCAGUUGCAAUCUGCCGUAGCUCAUACCAAUGGCUCCGGUGUGAAAGGGCCUGUAGGGCUCGUAGUUGGAGGUCCUGGAACCCCUACAGCUGGAGUCAAUGACCCUAAGUCUGGAAAAGGCCCAGUGGAAUUUAACCACGCAAUUAGCUAUGUGAAUAAGAUCAAAGUACGUGGAGAUGUCCAAUAAAUCGUCUCUAUCGGUUUUGCUUACUGUUUGCUUCUAGAAUCGAUUCGCGCAACAGCCAGAAAUUUACAAGAACUUUCUGGAAAUUCUCCAAACAUAUCAACGGGAGUCAAAGCCAAUACAAGAUGUUUAUUCCCAGGUUACUCAAUUGUUCCACUCGGCACCGGACCUCUUAGAAGAUUUUAAACAGUUUCUCCCCGAAUCCGCCGCCCAGGCUCGCGCGGCCGCGGCAGCGAAGGCUGCUGCCGAUGAGGCAGCUGGCCAUACUGGGCAUAUAGGGCCGAGUGGGCCCUCUGGGCCUGGGGGGGCACCUGGUACAUCAAGGCUACCUCCCGUGGGAAAUUUUGCGCCUCCUCCCAGCGUUGGAAAGGAGAACAAAAAGAAGCGCGGUGCCCAAGGACUUAGCACUGUCCAGGAGCCCAAAACUGAGAAUAACAGUGCGAACGGCACCUCAAAUGCAUUAAGAAGCAACAAGGUAUGUGACACUGGUACAGCUAUCGUGCCGCAACCUUGGAGUUUGUCAAGGAUUAACAUCAUUUGGCAGAGACAUAAGGUCGGCCAUCCUGCCAAACCAUCUGUUGCUGAACAACUCGUCGCCGUCUCACCAACGUUAAUUCCCUUCCACCCUGAGCCUCUUGGGCCACAGCCACAGCCCAUGGCGACCACCGAAGAGCUCGCGUUCUUCGAUCGCGUUAAGAAGUUCAUCGGAAACAAGCAAACAUAUAAUGAAUUUCUCAAGCUCCUGAACCUCUUUUCCCACGAUUUAAUUGCGAAAGAUAUGCUUGUCGAUAAGGUAUCAAACUUCAUCAGUGGCAACAAGGAGCUUAUGGACUGGUUUAAGAGAUUUGUUGGCUACGAUGGGAAAGCAGAUGACUUAAUCGACAACGCUCCUAGUACAGUCAAUAAGGUUAGAUUGAAUCUCUGCCGUGGGCUUGGCCCCAGUUACAGGUUAUUGCCGAAACUGGUAAGUGUUUCGCACUCCCUACUUGUAAAAUUUAUCUAGCUAAAUACAUCUCAACCUCCAGGAAGCUCAAAAACCUUGUAGUGGUAGGGAUGAGAUGUGUUGGGAAGUCCUCAAUGAUCAGUGGGCUUCUCACCCGACGUGGGCUUCAGAGGAUUCUGGGUUCGUUGCGCAUAAGAAGAACCAGUACGAGGACAUUCUUCACAGGAUCGAGGAGGAGCGCCAUGACUACGACUUCAAUAUCGAAGCCAACUCAAGGACUAUACAGCUCCUUGAACCCAUUGCCCAACGAAUAGCGAAUAUGACGCCAGAAGAGAAAGUAAACUUCCGCUUAGCCCCCGGUUUAGGAGGCCAAAGCAAAACAAUAUAUCAACGGAUCAUCAAGAAAGUCUACGAUAAGGAAAAGGGGCUGGAGGUGAUCGAAAUGCUCCACAACAAUCCAGUCGUAACUGUACCGAUCGUCUUGAAACGUCUCAAGUCAAAAGAAGAGGAGUGGAAGGCUGCUCAGAGGGAGUGGCAGAGGGUAUGGCGUGAUCAGACGGCCAAGGUGUUUUGGAAGAGUUUGGACCACCAGGGAAUCACGGUUAAGGCGAACGAUAAAAAAGCUUUCAGUACGAAGGCGUUGGUGAAUGAUAUCCAGGCGAAGUACAAGUCACAAGAUGUCAGACGUCAAUGCUCUACAACGCCCAUAGUCGAACACCAAUUCAUGUACACGUUCAAAGACUUUGGCAUAAUCCUUGAUGCUAGCCGACUUUUAGCCGUUUCCCUAGAACACACCAAUACUUUUAGCGCCAACGACCGCGAGAAGAUCGACUACUUUAUCAAGUCCUUUAUCCCGCUGUUUUUCGGCAUGAACUCAAGAGAUGUUGAGGAUACUGUUAACAGCAUCGCACGCAAGUCACCCGAUGAUGAUGGUGACGAAGGAUCGCCCGCAGCCGGAGAGAGUUCAACCCGAGCGGGGCGCCGCGGUAGACAGGAUGACUUGCUCAAAGACGUUCUCAAGCGCGGCACUGGCAAGAAUGGAAAGGGCUCCAGGAAGGAUAAGGAAGGAAGUGUCGCCUCUCGGGGAAGCAAGGAGUCUACUCCGGAGGUGAACCAGAACGACAGUGAUAUCGAGAUGGCCCUUGACGGACCACCAGACCGGCCCAUCAAGGAAGAGCAGCAUUGGAUAUCGAGGCCUACAAAACACCUCCCAGAUAUGAAACCCGGCACUCCAGUGUCUCAUGGUGACGAAUCAUCGCUUCCGGUCAAGAGAACAUUAUUUACCUUGUAUGCGAAUACAACUAUUUAUUGUUUCUUCCGUACCUUCCAGAUUCUUUGCAAGCGCCUGUCAGACAUCAAGGCCUGUGAAGAGGAAAUUCGCAACGAUGUUACCAUUCGAAGACAGCAGAAGGCAGCUCACGAUUUGCACUUGUUGGGCUCCAAUAGUGUUCCUGGCUCCUCCAAAAUGGAAGAGCUCUUCAGUGAUACAAGCCCGAACGCGAAUUACUAUUCACAAGUCCUUGAUCACUGCGAAAAGUUUAUCGAAGCCGAACUCGACUCAAAUACAUUUGAGGAAGGACUCAGGUCUGUCUAUGUACAGAAGGGAUGGCAGCUUUACACCAUUGACAAGCUUUUGUUAGCCAUUCUGAGAUUCAUCCAGGUUAUCGUGCCGAACGAUACCAAAGAGAAGAGUUCCGACAAGGGUGGAAAUGCCGACAUUAUCAGGCUGUUCAAGUGCGAUAGAGAGCGCAGAGAAUUCACCAAAGAACGUGGCGAAUAUCAGGAGUUGAUUAGUUAUCGGAGAAGUAUCGAGAAGAUGCUCGCGCCUGAAGAUAGUGUUUAUCGAAUUGACUGGGUAAGGGAGAAUAUACGUAUUCCACCCGGUUGAUUUGUUGCUAAUAAUUGAACAGAAUGAGGAAAAUAAGGAAGCGACCAUCCGAUAUGUUCCAAGAAACGAAAUGACGAUCGCCAACGAACUCGAUAAAGACGAGCGCUGGAACUACUACAUCCAGACAUAUAUGAUGUGCGCGCCGACAGAGGGCAUUCCGUUGGGAAGAUGUGCCAAAGUAUUCUUGACAAGGAAUAGGCCUUCGGAGGACGACCUACCAGAAGAUGGCUCCCCUCGCGAGAUGAUUGGCAGCUCAGUAGCAGAUGGUUUCUGCAAUGAAGAGAACAUGGAGAUACGGAUAUGCGUGAACACAUAUCGCUUGUUCUUCGCGCCGAAUACCGAAGACUUUAUGGUGCAGAGGAGGUCCCAGCGGCUUGCCGGGGAAAGCAAGAUGCGGGCUGUUUCGGGGAAACGGAUUAACAAGUGGCAUGACUUCCUGAACAACGCUCCAUGGAUGCAGAUGCAGAACAUGUCCCAGGAGGAGAUCGAGAGGAAGAAGGCGGAAUGGGAAGUUGCUAAGAAGAAUGGACAGCCCACCGACGUUGUUAUGGGAGGUGUUUGACCUGACAGUAUAUCAGAAUAUCACAUUGGUGGUGGUUGGCCGGUCUUGCCUGUUAUAUUAUCUUCCCUUUAUUCUCCAUUUUUUUCUUUUUUCCCUUUUGCUAUUCUUGUCGCGACGGACGCAAAAAUCGGGUUUUCAUUGGCCACAGCGGCGACGGUCGGUACGGUACUUGGGUAUAGCAAGGGAGGGUUUUAUUUCCCUGGACUCCAACUUUUUUUACGGGUUUAUCAGGGUUUUUUUUACUUGCUUUUUUUUUGCACAAGUCGCUACUUCCCUUUUUUUACCAAAAUGUUUUUUUACUUUUCUUUUCUCUCCCAUGUGUCAACUUUGUCUUCUCUCUUGGCGGCCGCCAGCCUUGGGGACAUAAGGUGCUCUACCGCAUCGCUUCACCAGUGUGCGGUGAGCACAUGACUUGUCAUCCUAGCCCAGUCUAGCCACUCUCCGAGGACACAACGAAAACGGCAAAAAAAAGAAAGAAAUAACCCCCCCCCCCUCCCCACUUCCUCCCCACUUCCUCCUCCCCUCCUCCCCUCGAAUAAUGUGUACCGUAUUCCUUUCUUUUUUCCUUUUUCUUUUUCGCCCUCUCGCUUCUGUUUCGAAUUUUGCUUCUUUCUCUCCCCUCUACGGCAUCCGCGCCUACCGGUACUCUUGGUUUGAGCUCUAUCGUUGAAGCUAUCCGUCCUCUCCUCUCUUUCUUUCUUUCACCUGUACUAUACAUUAGAAUCAUGGUAGUACUUUUUUCACUAAAAGCUGUGCUGGUUCGAUGCGAUGUGAUUUACGUUUGGAUACCAGAUUCAAAGGCAAACCAUGAAAUACCAAAGGGGAGCCCCAAUGGAUAGGGUCCUGACGCUUAUCCGCAGCGCCAUACGAGUAUAUGGACAAGAGGUGCAAUAUCUCGGAGCGGAGGUCGAGAGGAUUUUACGGCAAGCUAGUGUCCACCAGAAGAUUAGAGACCGCCGACACAGCGAGGUGGAUGUACUGCACCGUAGGUAUCGAUAUCAUACUACGUGUAGUACCGGCGCUGCAUUGUACGAGCAUGUGGGUAUGUAUAAUAUGUAUGUAUGUACAUGUACUGUAUGUAUGCAUAUACGGAGUAUAGUACUCGAGCACGUCUGUACGUACCGGUAUGCAUGUAGUUGACCCGGGCUGGUAUAAGCGCCAAGCUCUGUCCAUCCGUCCACUCGAGCAUCUUAUGGACGAAACUAUGAAUGGAUGAAUGAAUGAACACGGUAUCCGAAAUUAACAGCCAUCGUAGCAGCCAACCGUGGAGUACUCGUAGUACCUGUACAGUACCGUGUUCUGUCCCACGGAGGGACGUGCAAGGAUUGGUGUUUUAUCGUAUUGUGUGGGCAAGCAUACCUACGAGUACUCUAGCUCAUGAUAGCGGUGGAAAGGGGGAAAGGGGGGGGGACGGGCUCUUCAACGUACUAGAGCGUACUCGAGUAGACCGCGGUUCCGAGAGUUGGCUGUGCUUACGGUGUUGGCUUUUUCCCCAGAGACUUUUCAAUGCCCGAAAAAUUUCUCAUCCAUGAGCUUCACUCCAGGUGGCUGGCCAUAAGCCGAGGCUCCGCGAUGGUUCGCGUCUUCGGGCACCAGUACCGCGCUGUAGCUUGACC